CCCAACCCAAGCCCCUCGGAAAUGAACUCGCCAUUGAUUUCUUCUUCUUCGGCUGCUUUCUCUCGUUCUUAGUCUCUCUAGAGACGAUGGAGUUCUCGUCCUUCGCUCCUGAAUCGCAGAUCCAGCGUCGUUUUCACCUUUAACGCCCCUUCGCGAAGAUCUCCUGUUGGAUUUCGCUUUCUCUCGCGCUUCUUCUGGUAGUCGAAGCUGGAAAAUCCGGAGAUUGAGGCGAUCUCAUGAAUGUUAGGGCCAUAGGGCUUGAUUGCAAUCUGCAAAUAAGGAGUUUCUUGGCCGAGUAUAGGUUUCUGCUGCUUUUGUUGACCUUCUGCCUAUUGAUUAAAGAGAGCAUAGAGCUGGAAUUGGGGGAUUCGAGCGACGGGAUGGGUUACCUCAACUCGAUUUUAUCAUCUUCGGGCCAGAUUCAUGCCGACGAUGCCCCGGUUAGUGGCGGGGGACUCAGUCAGAAUGGGCAAUUCAGCUAUGGAUAUGCAAGCUCUCCCGGGAAGAGGGCUUCAAUGGAAGAUUUCUAUGAGACCAGAAUAGAUGGUGUAGAUGGGGAGAUAGUUGGUCUUUUUGGAGUUUUCGAUGGUCAUGGGGGUGCACGAGCUGCUGAAUAUGUUAAGCAAAACCUCUUCAGUAAUUUAAUCAGCCAUCCAAAAUUCAUCUCUGAUACCAAAUCUGCUAUAGCUGAUGCAUACAGCCAUACAGACUCUGAGUUCUUGAAAUCGGAAAAUAAUCAGAAUAGAGAUGCUGGGUCAACUGCUUCCACUGCCAUCCUUGUUGGUGAUCGGUUGCUUGUUGCCAAUGUUGGAGAUUCUAGAGCCGUGAUAUGCAGGGGUGGUAACGCUAUUGCUGUUUCUCGAGACCAUAAGCCGGAUCAGACGGAUGAGCGUCAACGCAUUGAAGAUGCUGGAGGAUUCGUUAUGUGGGCUGGUACUUGGAGAGUUGGAGGAGUUCUUGCCGUGUCACGUGCUUUUGGGGAUAGGCUUUUAAAGCAGUAUGUGGUGGCUGAUCCUGAAAUUCAGGAGGAGAAGAUUGACAGCUCGCUCGAGUUUCUCAUUCUUGCUAGCGAUGGGUUGUGGGAUGUUGUGACAAAUGAGGAGGCUGUUGCAAUGAUUAAGCCAAUCCAAGAUGCUGAGGCAGCAGCAAAAAGGCUCAUGCAGGAAGCGUACCAGAGAGGGAGUGCAGAUAACAUUACUUGUGUUGUCGUCCGUUUCUUGGCCAACCAGGGUGGUAAUCAGGGGGGUUCUUCUCAAAGCAGCUCUAUGUAAUCACAUCCAUGCCGUCGUCUGCUCUGCAAAAUUUCUACGUCUUUGGUAAAAUCUGAUGCUGAAUAAAUGCAAUGGUCAAUUAACUUGACAUAGGAUUUCUUCGGUAGCAUAAUACUAAAGUAAAGACAGACCUAAAAUGAGGCCUUACCAGACUGCUAAUGUGCAUAUCAGCAGCUUCUAGAAUAGAGCCAUGUGUGCAUUUAGUACGUGUACUCGAGUCUUUAAUCUAGAUAGAAAUAUUCAUGAGUUGGAGCUGUUAUGUCUGUAACUUGUAAAUGUGUUCCUGAGUUCAGUCUCUCAAUAUGUUAUUUGUUAUUUUUCCA